AGCCCCAGCAACCCAGCUGAGUCCGAUCCAUCAGCGUCUUCCAUCAUGCUCCAUCACCAACUCCGAGCCAAGGCGGGCAGUUCCCGCCCUUGCGGCAACUUGCGGCAAACGAAGAAAGGCGGAGAAAGGCACCCGUGACGCUGUGGUCUCUCCGGCAAUAGCAUCAUGUCGUGACAUGGCCAGCACAGGACCCUUGGCCGGCUCGGCGGAGUGCUCCAUCUCAAUGUCACGUCGUAUGAGAUGGCUGCCGGAAAGGUAGGGUAGACUAAGUUUCCCCAGGCCGUGAUCUCUUCAGUUCGUAUUGCGAGUGAAGAGAGGCGAGCGGAGGUGUUGGUUGGAAAAGGCGAAUGCUACCCAGGAGACUAGGAAGCAAGGGGAGAAUGCAGUGCCGAUCACAGAUCUGGGUACUGACGUGGGGACCGGGCCACUAGAAUGUAGCGAGGGUUGUUCUCGUAUUCACUAGCCCGAUCCCCGCCUGCGUUGGAGCUGUUUGCACUGGGAUUGGGGAGAGAAGAGGAGAGAGGGGAACAAACAUGCAAUCCCUCGGAAUGGCUGCAACGGACCGGCGAGCGGCGUGUGGUUUGCUAGUCGACCGAAAAAGCCCGCGCCACAGGGCUGUCAUCCGGCUGUUUUUAGCAUCUAAAGAGCGCUUGGAUUGAUUCGGGCUUAGCAUGGCUGGUCCCGCCGCUCCUAUUCUCCGUUUGACAGCCUCUUCUAGCAUCAGGUGGGAUAUCCGAUCCGCAUCCCUCUGUGUCGGGGGUUUUUUUCCUCGUUUUUUUGUGUGUGUGUGUAAUCAAACUUGUCUUAUGGUUGUCGCUCUCUGUUCACGCUUUUGCCGCUGUUGCAGCGGAGCUUUUGUCUCCUCUUCUCUUGGGGGUUCGUGCCGGAGUGCAUCGGGCAACUACUCCAAUAGCCGAUUUCCCACCUUGUUGUUCUCCACAAACGGCCACCGUGCCUUGACGACAAUGAGAGCGGGACGCAACAGUCAGGUGGUCUGUCUUUUUUUGCCCUCGUGUCCGCAAAAUAGACUGUCUCUUCGCCAACGGAUGCGUCGCAGCGACCCUGUCUCUGCCACCGGGUUCCGCCGCAUCGUUCGGGAUUUUACUUCCUCCCAAUAGGACUAUGGUGAGGCUUAGACUCCCACGCGUCGAGCGUCGUUGGCUGACGGUUGCGGCGGACGCCGGUCCACGGUUCUUCCCCAAAUCCUGCCGUCAUCGUACCCGCGGACAGAAAGGGGCGCCAAAGGGCGCCGUCGACGAGCCUAACUGCGUCGAGCAACGUUACAAGCGCGCAAGCGCGUAUCGCCGGCCGCAGGCUCACUCGCCCGCGAAAGAUGGGCCGAUCACCCAGUACUGUGUCCGCCAUCAAGCGGAGGAAUCAGGAUACAUCGUAGAUGCGGAACAUGGUCGCAAAAGAAGUGCCAAUGCGAAGACGGCCGACCGACCGACAGGCAUCCGCAAUGGACGGUGGAGCUCGCGGGUUCUCGGCGGAACGCGGCAGAACACGAGCUCUUGUCUUGUUCCCCGCUUGCCUCCCAAAAACUCACCGGUAGACGUUCGAUCCUCGAAGCGGUGUACGAUCGUCGCCGCGACAACCUUUCAGAGCCCCGAAACGCUCGCAUUCGGUACGCGAUGGAUGGGGUGUGCCUCACGUCUCGGUGGAGGUCGCAAGAAUCAGCUGCGGGUCAAGCACGGGUGA